GAAAAAUUGAGCGAAGAGGAGAUUAGAGCGAAAUAAUUGGAAUACUGAUGGAAACCGUCCCAAAGUGAGGAGUGUUCUGGAUCAGUAGUAAACACAGCAGUCUUCACCAAGGUCGCCCUAGUCGCCUCGUGCCCGCCAAACCACGCCCUUAAGAAGAUGAGGCAAGGUGUGUGAGGAUGACAGCUUUGUACGCGUGGGGUGCCAACAGCCAUGGGCAACUGGGCCUUGGCUAUGUCAGUGAACAGGUCACGCUACCAACCCGAGUGGAGGAGCUGCCGGACCACCUGAAUGAGCCGUCCAUCCAGUCUGCCGUGGGUGGUGGGGGACACACUUUCUUGCUCACCGCCCAGGGCCGUCUCUUUGGGGCUGGAUGGAAUGCUAGUGGACAGGUUGGGAAUGGCACUCAGGGGCGAGCAGUGCCAAUGUUUCAGCUGAUCCGAGGCCUGGAGGGACACCAGGUGGUCUCAGUGGCCUGUGGAUGGGCACACUCCAUUGCUCUCAGUCAGUCUGGCCAGGUCUGGGUGUGGGGCUCUAAUAGCCAUGGCCAGCUGGGGCUUCCCAAGGAAGAGGUGCCUUUCACAAGCCUUCCAAUUAGCCUCAACCUGACCAAUGUGGUGAGUGUGUCGGCCGGCCUGCGCCACACUGCCGUGGCCACGCGUGAUGGCCGAGCAUACACUUGGGGCCAUGGACACCGUGGACAGCUUGGCCACAUUGAUGGUGAUGGCCAGCUGGUGAAGCAGCAGCCCACACCGAGGGUUGUGGACCACGUGGAAGGAGUGGUGAUGAGUGUUGCCUGUGGCCAGAACACCACGUACGCCCUGACAGAUGAAGGUCAGGUGUUGGCCUGGGGGGACAACAAGUGGGGGCAGCUGGCACACGACCCAAGGAAUGUAGCGUACUUCACCUGCCCCCUCACCAUCCCCCACAACUACUUUGGAGGGAAACGUGUGCUGUGGCUGAGGGCCGGGUGGACUCACUGUGUGGCUGGGGCAACUAAUGGGUCUGUGUACGUGUGGGGUCGGGCAGACUAUGGGCAGCUGGGACCCUCGGAGGAAGAGAAGGACGAUUCAAGUUCAGACACUGCAGCGAAUGAGGAGCAUAGUAAACGGUGCAGAUACAUCCCAAGCAAGCUGUGCAUCAACAAGAGGAUAAAGACAGUGAUGUGUGGCUCAGAGCAUAACCUGUCCAUAGUGGAAGAGACAGCCAAGGAGAGCGCUCUUUACUCCUGGGGCUGGAAUGAGCAUGGGAACUGUGGGGACGGCACCACCACCAACCUCCAUCAGCCAAGGGUCAUUGCGCUGCCUGGCCUUGUGAGGGUCAUUGGUGCUGGGUCAGGUCACUCCUUCGCCCUUGUCAGGCUUUCUUAAUCCUGGGAGUUCUCUUGGUUUGUUUCUCCCUCUGUGUUUUUUGUUCUUUGUUUCUGAGUUAGUUUUUUUUCUUUUCUUACUUUCUAUUCUUAUUUCAUCUGUUGUCCUGAUGUUGUCUUCUCUUAUUCUUUUAUUUCCUUUGUUUCCUCCUUGAUUUGCUGUCUUUUGUCUUCUUCCUUCUCUUCACCUCUUUUUCUAUAAUUCAUUGUCAUAGUUUUGUCUCCUUUUUUUCAUUUUGUUUUUCUUUUUAAUCCACUGCCUUCUUAUUUUCUAUAUUUUGUCUCUUCCUUUUCUGUAUAUUUGUUUUACUUUAUAUUUCAUUACAUUCUUCCUUCCUUGCUGUUUUUUCUAUUCUUUCUCACUAAUUUGACAUUUUUGAGAACAUUGAUCUAACUUUAUCAAACCUCCCUUUCCCAUCUCACAUCUAUCUUUCCCUUUCCAUCAUGGUUAUUUUAGAAGUCAAGCUCAUUUAGAAACAAGAACUCCCCUUUUUUAUUUCUCACAUCAGCGCAACUUACUGGGUCUCAUAACUCCCUUUAACCCCUAAAUAACCCAUAUGUGCUUCUGACUCCACCUCCCCUGUAUGCCUGUAUAGAAGGGGCAAGGUCGAUAUGGUCAGUCAUUACCCAACAUGCAUCUCUCCCUCUCUUGUUUAUCUCUCACCUGUUAUAGUCAAGCAUUCACAGGUGUUUUAACGAAGCAUUCUCAGGGGGGAGGCUGUUCUCUCACCUGUCAUUGUUCUCUUAUGCAUAUAGGUAUGUACUCCCUCAUUGAUUACUGUACUGGAUGCUUCACUUGAGAGGUCUUGCUCGUUUUUACUUGGAGUCGUCUUUUUAUUUUAUCUCCCUGUUUGUGAGCUGCUGAAGAGAUACUUGUGUGUGUGUGUGUGUGUGUGAAAUUUUUUCUUUCUUGUCCUUAGGUUCAUAUUCAGUUUGCUGAAGUUUUUGUUUUGUUUUUGUCAUUCAGUUUCGUGUAUUUAGCAUUUCAGUGUAGCUUUUCUUUCCCAGAUGUGAAGUCACAUUAGAAUUUUGUGGUGUGAUAUUAUCCUUUGUGUGUGUGUGUGUGUGUGUGUGUGUGUGUGUGUGUGUGUGUGUGUGUGUGUGUGUGUGUGUGUGUGUGUGUGUGUGCAAGGAGAAGAGUAAGAAAGUCUUCACGUUGCACUGACCAGCAUUGAGAAAGUUUUUAAUUUAAAGUUUUACCUUUACCGGGAAAUUUUUAAUGUGUGUAUGUGUGUGUGUGUGUGUGUGUGUGUGUGUGUGUGUGUGUGUGUGUGUGUGUGUGUGUGUGUGUGUGUGUGUGUGUGUGUGCAAGGAAGAGAAGAGUAAGAAAGUUUUCAUGCUGUACUAUUCAUCAUUGAGAAAAUUUUUAAAAGUUUUUAACCCUUACUGGGAAAAUUUAUAAUAAUUAUCGUCAUUACUUUUCACAAUUUUUCCAUCCCAUGACACAUCCCAUCAUGAUAUCGCCCCAAGGUUCAGAUUGGGUUUGCGCAUAAUCACCAAAUUUUGAAAGGUUUUACCCUUUACUGGGAACGUUUAUUAUUAUUACACAAUUUUUCAUCCCAUGACAUAUCCCAUCAUGAUAUUGAUCCUGGAUUUGGAUUGGGUUCCCACACUAUCAUGAGAGUUUGGUUUGGCCCUCAGCUGGGAACAUUUGCUACUAUCAUCAUUAUCAUGAUUUCUCCAUCACACGAUAUUUCCCAUCACACGCCUGGCACUACAGUAGGAAGUGUUUAGGGUGAUGCUAAGCAGGUUCUGUUGCUUCUUGUGGGAUGUGGUAAUGCUAGUGAGAGCCUUAAUGAAUUUUAAAAAAUAAAUAUAAAACAUCACUGGAGAAUAAGGACACGCACAACCAGUGUGUAAAAUUUUUUUAUAUAGUCAAACUUCUUUUGUACGCCAUGAACAAUUUGCAGAUUAGGGAUAAGAGAAGAAUAUUUGUAUAUUUAACUUCUUUUGUAGUUCAUAUAUGAUAUGCUGAUUAGGAGCAUUGAGAUUUUUUUUUAUCUCAGGUUAAUCUUGUCUGCACUGCUCAUACAGGAGUGAUGUCACACUGGCCCUCAACACUGAACGUGCUUAGGAAACAUUAUGAAGCGUUAUGCUACCGAAACACUGCAGGGGGUGAGACCAGGAGGUGCUGAAGACAAGAACUGACAUGGCACGAUUUACUAUCCACAACCCUCUUACUGCUCUGGGUAUUUUUUCUUGACCUCCCUAUAAAGUGUUUGCGUGGAGAUGCACCACAGGAAAAUGAGAAAACGUGAGAUUAAUUUAGUCUUCUUACACUACAGAAAUAUUUACAAGGGGUUAGUGUGAGAAUAAUGUAUAAAAAGUUAUAUUUAUUUGAAGAGAAAGUUUUGUCACUCAUGCAGUUUUGUUUGGUUCAUUAUAGAAUUUUCAAACUCUGUCAUUCACCGUGAAAUUUUAAUGUAAACUUGUCAUAUAAUAUUAUAACUUAAGAAUUCAUUGCUCUGGAACUCCCUCUUUCCUUCUGUAUUCCCCCCUUCCUAAGCUUUUUAUCCUCCAGUUUUAGAAAACCUUUGGCUUUUCUCUUUUGUGACUGGCACCUCAGUGGACUCUUUUCCCCUCUUUAUUUCUGUAGACCAGUGCCACUUGAAUAUAAAGAGACUAAGAGCAAGUGUACAGCUCCAUAUAACUUGGUCUUUGGCAGUCUCACUUGAUUGCCGGACAGACUCUAGUGGCAGUAAGGCAGGUGCUAAUCCCAUGGCAGGAAUGUAGGCCAAUGACAUAUGAUAGAGGAUUCUUAUGACUUACUUGGGUCCUUACCACACGAUGGUUGCAAGAAAUGAGUUGGUAAUUCUAUUUUAUACUUCUGCUAUUAAUAUGUGUGCUUGUGUCUCCUGUGUGGCUGUGCGUGCGUGGGUGUGUGUGCUUGCUGCUAGCUGUUGAGUGUACUGAACUAGCCACCUACAUAGGCCUGCCAAUAAGCUGUUAAGUACUUAAUACAUUUCAUUACCAAAGUGCUAAUCUAUAUAUGCUCUGACUUGCUUCUUUCUUUGGUUCACUAUAGAUCUUGUCAAAAAACCAUCACUUUUUAUUGCACUUACAUUCAUUUUCAAGCUGAUAUGAGAGGUCAUAGUUGAUCUUGAAUUGUUGACACAUUUACUCUUGAGGAACCUGUUAAAACAUCACUAUUUCCCCCACCGGCACUAUGGACACUUGAGGCAGUCUAUGAUGUCUUGUUUAGGGUUACACUGCCCUUGAGGAACCUGUCAAAAUGUCCAUUAUUUCCCUAGCACUCUCACUUUAAACACUCAAGACAUUACUUCCUGUUUUUUAUUACACUACUCUUGAGGAACCUGUCAUAACUUCCAUUACUUCCCUGACACUCAACAUACAUGCUUAUUGUUGGUCUUACUUCCUUAAAUCUGUUCAUCACCUAAUUUUGUUACCUUUAGUAUAUUAGUGAGGAGAUUAUGGUGUUCCUAGUCUACUCUCACUCUUCUUACUUUCAUCAGGCACUCUCAUACAUCUCUUGCUAUGACAGUGGGGGGUUGUUUUCAUUUUCUCAUGUCUCCCACAACAAUACAGUGAGAUUUACUUGGCUUUCUGAGAAGCACUCCUCACCCCUAGAAUUCUUAAAUGUCCCUUAGUUUACACUCUCCCUUCACUCUGCUGAUGGGAGCAAUAUUCACAUUCUCACCUCCCCCCAUAAUAAAGUGAGAGGCAGGACAAUAGCCUCUCCUCACUCAUUACUCUCACGUGGCACUCUUUAGAUGCCUCCUAGUUUCACUCGCCUCACCUCCCACCAUGGUACUAGUUCUCCACACAUCCAGAACCUUGUGAUGCCACUCAACCCUUAGUAUAGCUGCCAGCUUAGUCAAGAGGCCAUGAGAGGGCAUCACUGAGCCCCACAACAUAGGUUAUAUACACAUACUAUAUAUAAACACACUUUUUUCCUCUCUCUCUCUCUCUCUCUCUCUCUCUCUCUCUCUCUCUCUCUCUCUCUCUCUCUCUCUCUCUCUCUCUCUCUCAGUCCGUUUACAGGAGAAUGGUUAUUUGAUCCGGCAUGUGAGAAAUGUCCAAGUGUUGAUAGGAGUGCUUCAUGGGGCAGCCAAUUGUUCCUGGCAGUUGUGGUGAUACAGAGAUGAAGUGUUUUUCUUUCAUUAUGGGUUAUUUUGUAGGAGUCUUGCGAGAUGUGACUUGUGAAUGGCAAAAAACCUUACCAAGAGUUUUGACGAGAGUCCAUGACACCUCCACUGGGCAGUGUGUGUGGCUCCCGGACACACUGCACUGCUAGCUACAGCGACUUUGGCGCCGCUGGGCCACUGCACACCUCUAAUGACUAUUCAUGUCAAUCACAUGGCAGGGAAUGUUGCUUCAUUAUGCAUAACACAACAGUGUUGUUUAUAAUGCCGUGGGUGGUAACCUUCACUUUCUCUGACGUGAAGCAUGUUAUCAGAGGCCUGCCUUGGCAUGCUGGUGUCUUGGGUGACCAGUUGUUGACCUCAGGAAGAUACAUCUUGCUGUGGAUAGGAAGUUUUGUGAUAAAUAUAUACAUAUAUAUAUAUAAAUAUUGAUUCUCAGUCAUAUGGAGAAACUGUAUAAUUUAAUGAAAUUUUUGUAUUGUACGUUUAUCAAAUGUGCCGUUGGAACUGUUGGAAGGCAAGGGUGGGGCACACUGGCUGCUGCCGAUGCCGGAAGUCACGUCCACCCGGGCACUGCAGGUCCUCAGUCAUGCAUUUGCUAUCCUCCUCAUUUAAGGUGAACCUGCUGCUUUGUACAGUGAGUGACAUAAUGACCACCCUCUAACACGGGUGGAGACUCAACACCUGCACACUCCCACAUCCUCCUGGGCAGCACAGCACAGUGCCGUGCAGCAUGAUAUGCACAGCUUCAGGAGCAUCACUUGGCUCUGAGUUGAGCUUCACCUGUAACAGUGGACAGAAGUACUGGUCACUUACUGUAUGAUGAGACCAUUUAUAUGGGUAUCACUAGAUGUGCUCUCAUUAUAUUUGUUUGUCAUAAGUUAGUUUGCCUAGCUAUCUUUUUGUGUGUGAUUCCAAGCUUUAUUUUUUAUUCUUAUUUUGUGUUCCCUUCUGCAAGCAGUGUUUCUGCACUCUUGGGUCUCCGCCAGACAAUCGAACUGUUGUUUGUGACACGUCUCUCUUGUGAGCCACACUGGUGACUCUCUCCAUAUCAUGCAUGUGAGGAGAGCCUGAGGUGCCAUUGUGCCCUGUGGCAGCAGAGUGCCACAGAGAUGCCCUGUAGUGGAGUGGGUCUACCACCACCACUACCACCACCAUCACCAUCUCAGCAUCUUAGAUCAUAUGAGAAAGGAGAUGUUUGGUUGAUUUGCUUUAAGAAUUCCGUUAAUAUAUCUUGCCACUUGUAUUGUUAUUAUGUUGUAAUAGGAAAUAACUAGAAGUGAAUUAUAUCAAAUGCUCAGUGUGUUUUGGAGACAGGAUUUUGUACUCUGUGCCUCCUGGGGUCUUUACAAGGGCAGGGGUUUGGGUCUCUUAGGCUGGAAGAAAUCUUUGGCCAAAAUAUAAUUUUUUUGUGUGUGAAGAGGUGGGAACUUUCUUUUUUGACAUUGUAUUGUAAGAAGUGAAGAAUGCAUUUGGGAAUAAAAGGGAAGAGCAAA